UAAAAUGAGUAUCGCAUCCAUAUCAAAUGAGCAUACAUAAAUUACGAAAUGAGCAUUGAAAAAAAAUCAAAAGACUCAUUUAAAAUGUCUGCUAUGCUCAAUUUUUUUAGUGUAUGCUCAUAACUGUAAAACUACAUACAACUUCGAUUUCUCCCAACCUACGGCCAACAAGUGACCAAACUCACCAAACCUGUAUAAGAAAAAGAGAAAAAAGAAAAUAGUGCAAAAAAAAGAAAGAGUCCAACUAGCCCUAUGCAUCUGCCAGAGCCGCCGUCUAUGCAAGCAUGAGUCCACAGUCUGAGAUGUUGCAUUCAGUCGCAGAUUGCGUUCAGGCGAGCAAAGAGCAUCCGGCCUGCGAAGGAUCGAAGUGCAAAUGGCGAUCUGUGAUGGAAACUAGCGAUCAAUCUGCGAACUAAAAGACCGAAUGUACCGUGCGCGCGGUAAAACCGACUAUACGAUAUAUUUUAUCUAAAUUGUCCUGUGCAUGUAAAUGUGAUCAUCACCCACAUUAUACACGUCACCCUCAAAAUAUCACAUUUACCGCAAUUUGACCGUUGAGGGGUACCAUUUCAAGAGCGAUUUUCCAAGAGGUAAUUACUCCAUUAUUUUAGCAUCAUGGAACUUUAAACAUGACAUAUUUUCCAUGCCAUAAUGAAAAAAUAAUAAAUAACCACGCCAUCACACUUGAAAGAUUUGAUAUCACGAUCCGCUCCCAUGCAUCGGGCCAGCUCACAUGGGGACUACAAUGCGUUCCAGUAGCUUCCUCUCGCCAAGAGCCAUUAAAUGAGAAGAACUGCCAUUCACUUCAGAGGUGCAGAGCAUUUGAAUUCGUCAACUUCAAAUACUUACUGCAUUUCUUCUGCUCCAAUUUCACAUCCCUCAACUAUUUUGAGAAGAAAUCAUAUCCAAUUUCUCACUCCAAGCUACGCAUUCAAUUUUCUGGUUGGGAAACGAUAUAUUACAUUUAUCUUCAUACUAUACUCGGCAAGCUUUAAUUUGGGAAUUGGGAGCUACGAUGAUUCCUUUUCAGUUGCUCGACUCUCAUCCAAAAAUAGGUGUGGAGGAAGUUAGUACAUCCUUUCCUGCCAGUAAUCCUAGGCUAAUCCAUUUCGAUAGCCUAUUCUCAUUGACCAGAGGUGGUGUUGUGAGUAUAGAGGAGGAGGACCAUUCAGCUGAUUCGUCUAGAGGAAGGAAGCAUUACCGUCCAGGUGAAAGUGGGCUAGAAGAAGAGGAAAGGAGCAGCAAGCAGAGUGCAACUCAUAAGGAGGAGGAUGACUUAUCAGAAGUGUUUGAUAAGGUUUUGCUGUGCACCGAUGAUAAUGAUGAUUCUCCAUCUGGAGCAGCGAAACAACAACCGAAAGGGCGAAGUGGUCGCAAGAGCCGUUCAAAUAAACGAGGAGACGGUUGUGAAAUUGUAGAUCUCCAGUCUCUUUUGAUCAUUUGCGCACAAUCUAUUGCUGAUGCUCAUUACAAGGAUGCACAAGAACAAUUAAAGUUGAUCAGGCAGUACUCUUCGCCUACUGGUAGCGCAAACCAAAGGCUGGCACAUGCAUUUGCUGAGGGUCUUGAGGCACGGCUAACUGGAACCUGGCCACAACUCUAUCCUUCGUCGUCAUUUCGCAACAAGAUCUCCAUUUCCGAAUUACAAAAAUCCUACCUGUCAUCAUCUAUGCCAUUUAUGAGGAUAGUAAUCUUCUUUGCGAAUAAAAUGAUUUAUGAAGUGGCAUCAAGAGGUGCAUCGCUCCACAUUAUAGAUUUUGGCAUUCUUCUUGGUAUCCAGUGGCCCACUCUUAUUCGAGAUCUUUCACAAAGACCCGGUGGCCCCCCAAAACUUCGAAUAACAGGGAUUGAGCUUCCCCAACCUGGUUUCCGCCCGUCGCAAAUGCUAGCCGAGACUGGUUGUCGCUUGGCAAAAUAUUGCAAGUGUUUCGGUGUACCAUUCGAAUACAAUGCCAUAUCAGAAACUAAUUGGGAGACAAUUAAGGUUGGUGACUUGAAGCUCACGAGUGGUGAAGUAGUUGCUGUUAACUGUAUUGAUCGAUUUAGACGCCUACUAGACGAGACAGUAUGUGGUGCGGACUGCCCAAGGGACAACGUUUUAAACUUAAUCCGGGACAUAAACCCUCAAAUAUUUGUGCAUUCCGUGUUGAAUGCAUCUCAUAGCUCUCCUUUUUUUGUCAAUCGAUUUCGAGAGGCGCUCUUUUUCUACUCUGCUCUCUUUGAUAUUCUUGAAGCUGUUUUUCCUGCCCAGGAUAGUCAAAGGUUGAAUUUUGAACAAUCUUUUGUGGGGCCUACAAUAAAUAAUAUUGUAGCAUGCGAAGGCAUGGAAAGGUUAGAGAGGCCUGAAGCAUACAAGCAAUGGCAAAGACGCACUAUGAGGGCUGGGUUCAAGCCUCUGCCUAUAAAUCCUCAAAUUGUGAAAGAGUUAAGAGAAAAGGGGAAAGAAGCAGGUCACAAAGACUUUCUGUAUGCUGAAGAUGGCCAUUGGGUGUUGCAGGGGUGGAAAGGCCGUAUUCUUACCGGCACCUCUGCUUGGGUAACUCACAACUGAAAUAUCCUUUAAGAGAUAGUGUACUAAAAUAGGUAAAAUGCAUAAUAGGAGAGUCUGUCCCUUCUUCAGAUAGAAGAAAAUUGUGAACUGGCCUGUGCAAUUGCAUAUUCGUAUGGCCUGUGCAAUUGCAUAUUCGUAUAGACAUUUUAAGACAUCAAGUAGGUAUUGACC